CCUUCCCGGCGGCCUCCCGUCCGCGCCGUUUGGUUUGGGUACCCGGGGCCCUGGUAAAACCAGACGCCGAGUCGCUCCUCCGCACCGGAGUUGCUGUCAUUUUCCUCCUGCCUCUGGGCGCCUGGGGUUGGAAGGAUGUCCUGCAAAAUGGCUCCAUCGGCCGCCACCUUCCUCUGAGAGGCGCUCAGGGCCCGCGCGCCCUGUCCGCCCACCUCAUUUGGUGGGUGCCAGGCCAGGGGCUCCCCCACCGCUCCUGACUGGGAGGAGGGGUUGCUCCAGCCCUGCGUUUCCUUAACACUCGGGAGGAGAGUAGAAAGAGGCCCUGAUCCCUUUGAAUUGAGUAAGAAUCGUGCCGGAGCCAGGCGCUCUUGGGAGAGCCCUCCCGAGGCCGCUCCUCCAGUAGGGGUCCCUGUUCUGAUGAAGCAUGUGCUGUUCCCCUAACCGCCGCUUUAUCAGUUGCUGCUGGCUCUUGACUUAGUCUACAGAUGUGUGUAGUCCCCCUUUUGGGGGGGGCGGUUCAGUUUGGCAGGAGUGAGCUUUGUUUCCUCCCCUUUCUACUGAGAGACAGACCCCAAGCCAUUAGUGGGUGAAAUUGAUUCUAAUAUUUAUUACCAUCUGGACUGAGGGUUAGAUCUGACAACACUCUGACCGCUGAAGGAAGGCCAGGCAGGCAGGAUUGUGAAGACGGGACAGCCCAGCUUACUGGGGAUGCUGGGCCUGGAGGCAAACGCUGCCUUGCUCUGUUGCUGACCUCAUCGACCCCAGCCAGGUCCCCUGGUUAAAACUGCAUGCAUACUACUGGCCUGGCACCCAUCCACCCACGGAGCGAUCCCUGAGGCUGUGCCCUCUGGGGCACGAGCACGGCAGGGCCAGCCACCAUGAGACUGAGUUCCCUGUUGGCUCUGCUGCGACCGGCACUGCCACUCAUCUUGGGGCUGUCUCUGGGAUGCAGCCUGAGCCUCUUGCGGGUUUCCUGGAUCCAGGGUGAGGGAGAAGACCCCUGUGUAGAGGCUGUGGGGGAACCAGGAGGGCCGCAGAAUCCUGACUCAAGACCUGGGCUCGACCAAAGUGAUGAGUUCAAACCCCGGAUUGUCCCCUACUACAGGGAUCCCAACAAGCCUUACAAGAAGGUGCUCAGGACGCGGUACAUCCAGACAGAGCUGGGCUCUCGGGAGCGGCUGCUGGUGGCUGUCCUGACUUCCCGGGCCACGCUGUCCACUCUGGCUGUGGCUGUGAACCGCACGGUGGCCCACCACUUCCCUCGAUUACUCUACUUCACUGGGCAGCGAGGGGCCCGGGCUCCUGCAGGGAUGCAGGUUGUAUCUCAUGGGGACGAGCGACCAGCCUGGCUCAUGUCAGAGACUCUGCGCCACCUUCACACACACUUUGGGGCCGACUACGACUGGUUCUUCAUCAUGCAGGAUGACACGUAUGUGCAGGCACCCCGCCUGGCGGCCCUUGCUGGCCACCUCAGCAUCAACCAGGACCUGUACUUGGGCCGGGCGGAGGAGUUCAUUGGCGCGGGCGAGCAGGCCCGGUACUGCCAUGGGGGCUUUGGCUACCUGCUGUCACGGAGUCUCCUGCUUCGACUGCGGCCGCAUUUGGAUGGCUGCCGAGGGGACAUUCUCAGUGCCCGUCCUGACGAGUGGCUUGGCCGCUGCCUCAUCGACACUCUGGGUAUCGGCUGUGUCUCCCAGCACCAGGGUCAGCAGUAUCGCUCAUUUGAACUGGCCAAAAAUAGAGACCCUGAGAAGGAGGGGAGCUCGGCCUUCCUGAGUGCCUUUGCAGUGCACCCCGUCUCUGACGGGACCCUCAUGUACCGACUGCACAAGCGCUUCAGCACUCUGGAACUGGAGCGGGCGUACAGCGAAAUAGAGCAACUGCAGGCUCAGAUCCGGAACCUGACUGUGCUGACCCCCGAGGGGGAGGCAGGGCUGAGCUGGCCUGUGGGACUCCCUGCACCAUUCACACCACGCUCCCGGUUUGAGGUGCUGGGCUGGGACUACUUCACAGAGCAGCACACCUUCUCCUGUGCAGAUGGGGCGCCCAAGUGCCCGCUGCAAGGCGCCAGCCGGGCUGAUGUGGGUGACGCUGUGGAGACGGCUCUGGAGCAGCUGAAUCGGCGCUAUCAGCCCCGGCUCCGCUUCCAGAAGCAGCGGCUGCUCAAUGGCUACCGGCGCUUUGACCCUGCACGGGGCAUGGAGUACACCCUGGACCUGCUGCUGGAAGCUGUCACGCAGCGUGGGCACCGGCGGGCCCUGGCCCGCAGGGUCAGCCUGCUGCGGCCACUGAGUCGAGUGGAAAUCCUGCCUAUGCCCUACGUGACCGAAGCCACCCGCGUGCAGCUGGUGCUGCCGCUCCCGGUGGCUGAAGCUGCUGCGGCCCCUGCUUUCCUCGAGGCCUUUGCUGCCAGCGUUCUGGAGCCACGCGAGCACGCGCUGCUCACCCUCUUACUGGUCUACGGGCCGCGGGAAGGUGGCCGGGGGGCCCUGGACCCGUUUCUCGGGGUGAAGGCUUCAGCAGCAGAGUUAGAGCGCAGAUACCCUGGGACGAGGCUGGCCUGGCUCGCAGUGCGGGCCGAGGCCCCUUCCCAGGUGCGGCUCAUGGACGUGGUGUCUAAGAAGCACCCAGUGGACACACUUUUCUUCCUCACCACCGUGUGGACCCGGCCUGGGCCGGAGGUGCUCAACCGCUGCCGCAUGAAUGCCAUCUCUGGCUGGCAGGCCUUCUUCCCCGUACACUUCCAGGAGUUUCACCCCGCCCUGGCACCGCAGAGGUCUCCCCCAGGACCCCCGGGGGCUGGCCCUGACCCCCCGUCCCCUCCUGGUGCUGACCCUGCCCGGGGGGCUCCCGGAGGAGGCCGUUUUGACCGCCAGGCUUCCGCGGAGGGCUGCUUCUACAACGCCGACUACCUGGCGGCCCGCGCGCGGCUGGCUGCUGAACUGGCGGGCCAGGAAGAGGAGGAAGCCCUGGAGGGGCUGGAGGUGAUGGAUGUGUUCCUCCGGUUCUCAGGGCUCCACCUCUUCCGCGCCGUGGAGCCAGGGCUGGUGCAGAAGUUCUCCCUGCGGGACUGCAGCCCUCGGCUCAGCGAGGAACUCUACCACCGCUGCCGCCUGAGCAACCUGGAGGGGCUGGCGGGCCGCGCCCAGCUCGCCAUGGCCCUGUUUGAGCAGGAGCAGGGCAACAGCACCUAGCGCCCGACCUGCCGCGCGUGGCUCCCCUUUCUGCCUGGGCCCCGGGAGGGCCGGGCAAGACGGAUGGACAGAUGGAGAGCUUGUGGCUGUAUUUUUUUAAUAAGAAAAUGUGAUUAAAAGUGUCUUCUGCCAAA